AUGCGUAUAAAACUCGAGUUUGAGGAGUCAUUAGAUUCCCAACGCGUCUGGUAUCCCGUAACCGAAGGGCAAAAAAGCAAAACCGUGAAGGACUUGGAAAAUAGCAUAAUACGCGAUUUUGGGCUGGAGGAAAAAUGUCCAAACGGAAUUGCCCUAAACAUCGAAGAAUUUGAACUCUUGCAAACUUUCAAUGUUGAUGAUUUGAUUAGGGAUAAUGAUCUGGUUAGAAUAAAACGACGAUAUGCCGUUGUUUCAGAAAGAUCGAAGAAAAGGCAACGCAUUCGCUAUCCCUCUGAAUCAGAAUACGCCGUGGACACGACGAGGAACAGCGAUAACGAUGACGAUGAUUCUUCCGAUGACGACUACUCGAGGAUGGUGGAGGAAUACAACGCUUCGUCGAGUGAGAGCAGUGAGGAAGAAACAAAAAAAAGAAAGGAUUCAUCUAGUUCUUCACCUUCGACAUCAAGUGAAGGUGAAGAAUCAGAAAGUGAAAGUUGCGCGAGUGAUCUUGAUGGAGGGGAUGAGCUUGACGAGCAACUUUCAAGCAUAAGCAUAAGAAUUUCGAAGGCCAAGGAGAUGGCAGAUAGGUUGAUCCCUAAAAUUGCAGAAGUAAAGUGCAUUAACGAUAACAAUGAUUUGAAUCAACCAUCAAUGGAAGAUCAGCAACAACAGGAUUCCAAAUCGAAAGCGACGAACCAAAGAAAAAAGGUUUUACAAAAAAAUAAGUUGACCUCGGAUAACGUUGCCACAUUAAAUAAUGGUGAAAACGAAUUCAAUAAUAAUCAGAAAUCAGUGAUAGCUGGCAAUUCUCAACAAGGCAUUAGACUGAAUCCACCGAUGUCUCUUUCUUCAACCUCUAACAAAAGGAAAGGGUAUUUUCAAGGAAUGAAAAAUAAAACACCUACGCACGUUAGAUUUACAAACGAUGAAACGAAAGAGGCGGGAGGUGAAAAUUCCAAUGCUAACAUAUCUUCUCAAGAACAUGGCGGGGAAAUGACUUCGGAAAAGGUUAAUGAAGACGAAGAUUCGCGACUUCCUUCACCACGUGUCAUUAUUACGAGGGUUGAUAUAAUGAAUCCUCAACAAGAUGGCAACCGGCAACAAAAGAGAUCGACGAAUUCAUGGAACAAUCAACUUGCCAAAAACCGGGAUAACAAUACUAACUUUAAUUUUAAUCAAAAGGAAGGGCAAUCAUUGUUAAACAACGUGAAUGAAGAUAAGGCUGCAGUCGGACCCGUUUCCACCCAAGGACGAGAGGUCACCGAUGAUUCGGGAUCAUAUGAGAGUAUGGAAUUAUAUCGGGGUCAACCUAGGACUAACGACAUUAUUGUCUAUAAAGUACUAGAGUUCUCUCGGUCGUCCUUCACACCCGAACUCUCCGCUUACGAGGUUAGUCUGAUGUAA